UCCCACCGUUCCAGGGCCAGACCUCGCUGAAGAGCUGGCUAGUGGGGCCCUGGCGCCGCAGGUGACCACAGACCAGGGAGGAUGACCCUGAGUGGCAGGAGCGCCCCUUCCUCCUGGUGGACAGAUGGAGGGGAGCUGCACUCACCGAGUGCCCACAGCUGCUGACGCCGCCACCCCCACCGAGGAAGAAGAUGAUGAUGGUCCCAGUGAAGGAAGGGCCCGGCCUGCCCCUGCUGCCGAGGAGCCGCCCAUGGCUGCCAAUGAGGGGCUGGGCGACGUCUCCCGCUUGCCUGUGUUAGACUUGAGCCAGACUGGCUUCCACCGCUUCAGAGAAGUCUUCCAAAUGCCCCAGCUGAAGCAACUGUAUCUUCAGAAAAAUUCUCUCUGCACGAUCCCUAAAGACUUCUUCCAGUUACUGCCCGAGCUGACGUGGCUGGAUCUCAGGUUCAACCGGAUCCAAGUGCUCCCUGCGGGGAUCGGAUCUCACAAGCACUUGAAAACUUUACUUUUAGAGCGGAAUCCUAUAAAAAUGUUACCUGUGGAGCUGGGGACCGUGUGCACCCUGAAGGCGCUGAACCUGAGGCACUGCCCUCUGGAAUUCCCGCCUCAGCGCAUUGUGCAGAGGGGACUGGCAGCUAUUCUGACCUUCCUGCGGGUCUGUGCCGCCGAGACCAGAGAAGCCACCUCCAGAGAGAAGGCGACAGGUACUUGCAAGCCUCCCUGCUUGGCUCCGGAUCCUGAGGAGCUCCCGCUUAGAGCGAAGGCCGAGCCCUUCCCGCCCACGGAAAAGCUGCGCAGAACCGGACCCCCCAAGGCCGGUGCCUCUCUGGAGGAGUGGCCAAGCAAGGCGGAGAUCCGGCGCUUCUGGAAACUGAGGCAGGAGAUCGUGGAGAACGAGAGGGCCGAGACAUUGGGCCACCAGCUGCUGUCCGUCCAGCUGCCACCCAGCCUCAGGGCCGUGCUCAGGACCAGGCGGAAAGAGCAGCCCGGGGCCCGGCUCGCACUCCGAAGGUGGACAUUCCCCUUCAAGAGCACCCUGCCGGAGCUCUCGUCGUCAGGAACAGCCCUCCCGGCCAAGAGGGUGGAGGAGGGCCGCGUGGCCGCACUCAGAGAGCUGAGGGAGAAGCAGAUGCUGAUGGAACAGCGGAAAAGAGAGAGGCAGAUCCUACGGGAGUGGAGGGAACAGACGUGGCGCCUGAAGAAGAACAAGCAGGGGCUCAGCCGACUCCUGCCGCUGCCCCCGCCGCCCAGGAACCUGGUUGCGUCAAGGGCCCCCUUAGCCACCGAGCUGAUGGGCAGUGAGAAGCCCCCCACAAACCCCACCAGGAAGGCAAAGUCCAACCAAGAGAAGCCGCCACCAGCAAGCAGAGCACCCAGAGCCCCCUGGGAGGAACAUUUGGAGCAGGAGGUUCGGCAACACAUCCGGCAGAUCCAAGAGAGGAGAAAGCACUGUGGGGGGGCGGCCUCUCAGGACCUGGAGGUGGCCACACAGCUCCAGGAGGAAGUGACGAAACCCAGGCAGCGCCUGAGCCGGGACCAUGCUUUCCCCACGCUCACUGGGAACCCGCCCCUUCCACCGUCCACAGCACAACCACAAAAUAUAUUUUUUAACACAAAAUACUAAGCAUCUGGAAUGUUCUCAGACGCCAACGCUGCAGUGGCCUUUGACUAGCGGCCGGCUCCCAGCAGGAGUGGGCAAGCCUUCUCAUCUUCUUUCUUGGGGUGUCGGCUGUGUGUAGUGGGGAGGAUAUUGGGGUUUGAUAUCACGAUUCUGUGCACUCAGCGUGUUGUGUUUAAAAAGACUGAUGGGUGCGUUCCUCUAGGAGGUGAAGGAUUUGAGCUUCAUUAAA